AUGACGAAGGACAUGUCAGUGUUGCAGCUUUUACCCUAUGUUCUCGUCCUAACUAUGUCGUUCGCCUGGCCGAUCACCGAGUCGACGACCGGCCGCGCGACCAUCCGCGCCGAUCUCAUGCACGUGGACAGCGGCCGCGGCUUCACCAAGCGCGAGCUGCUCCGGCGGAUGGCGGCUCGAUCGCGGGCUCGCCUAGACAGCCGGUGGUCACCUCCCGGCCGCGGCGGCAACGCCCACGCGGUGACCGUGCCUGUGGCCCGCGGCACCACCGGCAAGGCGGACUACAACUCCGAGUACAAUAUCCACUUCGCCAUCGGCACGCCGACCCCGCAGCCCGUGGUGGCGACGUUGGACACGGGCAGCGACCUCAUCUGGACGCAGUGCGUGUGCAUGUCCUGCUUCGAGCAGCCAUUUCCUGUUCUCGACCCCUCCGUCUCCGGCACCUUCCGUGUCAUGCCGUGCACCGACCAUCUUUGCGAGCACGGGGGGCUAGUGGUCUCCGGGUGCAACCUCAAGGACAAGACGUGCCUCUACGCCUACCACUACGGCGACAAAUCGGGCACAUACGGCACAAUGGGCCAGGACACCUUCACCUUCAAGGCGCCCAACGGUAUGGCCGCUACCGUGCCGAACCUCCGCUUUGGUUGCGCCCAGAUCAACCACCUGACCUUCAGAACGAACGAGACCGGCAUCGCCGGCUUCGGCCGCGGGCCGCUGUCUCUGCCGUCGCAGCUCAAGGUCGCCAGGUUCUCGCACUGCUUCACCACCAUCGUAGAGGGCAAACCCAGCCCGGUGUUCCUGGGCACGCCGGACAACCUCCAAGCCCAGGCCACGGGGCAAAUCAAAGCCACCCCGUUCGUGCCAAACCCAAGGUCACCGUUAUACUUCCUUUCGCUCAAAGGGAUCACCGUCGGCAAGACGCGGCUGCCGUUCAACGCGUCGGUGUUCGCGCUCAAGGGCGACGGCUCCGGCGGCACCAUCACGGACUCCGGCACCGCCCUCACCAGCUUCCCGGAGGCCGUGUUCCAGGCCCUUCGGAAGGCGUUCGCGUUGCAGGUGCUGCUGCCCGUCGAAGAAGACAACGACAUGUGCUUCUCCACCUCGCCCAAGGAGAAGCUGCCCGCCGUGCCGAAGCUGAUCCUCCACCUAGAGGGCACGGACUGGGACCUCCCCCGCGAGAACUACGUCCUCGAUAUCGACCACGAGGAUGGCACCGGCGGCGAGCUGUGCUUAAUGAUCGUUUCGUCGGGCGAGGGCAGCAGUAUGACGACCAUAGGCAACUUCCAGCAGCAGAACAUUCACAUCGUCUACGAUCUGGAGGUCAAUAAGAUGUUCUUCGUGCCCGCGCGCUGCGACAAGCUAUGACAAGUUGUCAAUAAACGUGCAAGUGUAGGCGACAAUUGAGCGUACGUACUGGUCCUUAGUAAAAAUGUGCACUGCCGUUACUAGUGCUAAAUAAAAAGCGCAAAAUUUAUUAUUUAUCC